AUGAGUAAUGACAAGACGCCUGAAGAGGUUUUCAAGAUUUUAGGGCUUGCCAAUCAGAAGACGAAUCCUCUAACACACCCAAAGUUUGCACUAGAGACUGACUUCAUGGAUUUAUACAAUGAAGAAAGACCUGACAGUCAGACCACGGUCUCUGAAAUUCUUAUAAAGGAGCGGAACUUACUUAGCGUUUUGUCCUAUAAGUAUAGUGCUGGCAUAUGUCACAAAAAGUGA